AUGUUCUGUACGCGGAAAUCCUCACCGUCACUUCGGUCAUGCGCAAGAACUCGCGCUGGGCUAAUGGCACACACUUCAUGUUCACUGGUCGCGACGCUGCGGGAACUGGAAGCGACCUAGGGCUGCGAGUGAACAAUGCAGGGGCUGUGUCUGCAAGGAGAAUAACGCGUGAGGCUGAGCUGAUGUUGGGCUUUGAGGAGCUGAAGAGAGUCAUUCGGGAUACUGAAGACAUAUCCGCUUUGCCGCUUCCGACUCUGCUUGCGCCCUUUUUCGCGCUUCUCCGCUCUCCCUUGUCCACUGGUCCCAUCACAUCCGCUGCACUGGCUUCUCUCCAUGCCUUCUUCACCUCCGGACUCAUUAGUCCCGAAUCUCUCGAGCUCGAAUCGGCGCUGGUUGGUAUCAGCAGUACUGUUUCACAUUGCAAAUUCGAAGCCAGCGAUUCCUCAGGCGACGAAGUAGUGCUGUUGCGCAUCAUGACUGUGAUAUAUGAUAAAACUCUGCGACGCUCUGCCGAGAAUACAAUGCACGCCGUUGUGCGGACUGUUUUCCUGCGUCUAAACGAUCUCGAUCCUGAAACAGAGGAAGAGAAACUGCGAUUGGGCGAUGAAGAUGCCCCAGACAGCGCUGAGAUUCGUAUGACGGUCACGACCAGCGAAUCACUAUUGCGGAAGAGCACGCCCAGGAUAUUAUUCUUGAGUCUGGGGUCCCCGAGGAAGAGUCCACGGAGGCAGAUUUACCGGCCACAGCUCUCACCGGAGAAGCAGCUACGGACUGCCGCGAUUGUGGAGCUGCUACGCGUUCUGAUUACUGUGCUUGAUCCGAGCGACCAACAACACACCGACUCUACACGGCUGCAAGCAUCUUUUCAACUUGCCCGUUCCGACACACCAGCCGUUCUGGGAGCUGCAUUGCGUGCCAUCGGCGUUGUAUUUGGGAUCGAGGAGACAAGAGAGAAGCUCAAGCUCCAAUUGGAGCUUUUCUUGUCCUUUGCCAUAGACAGACUGGCGCCUUCCCCGGUGUCCGGCCAGACCAAGAAGGGAUCGGUUGUCUCGCCCCGACCGGGAACUCCUUCCGUCGGACCUUCCACGCCACUGCUGGGGCCUCCCGAGUCGGCAGAAGGAGAGUCGCCGAGUCCCGCGACACCUUCCAGGCCGACUAUUGCUCCUGCACGUGGCGAGACGCGUGAUCUGAUUCUGGAGACACUGAGCCAGAUCGCACGUCGGAAGAGCUUCAUGGUCGAUCUCUGGGUGAAUUACGACUGUAAUCUGGACUCGGAGGGAAUGUUCGAGCGACUGGUCAGCUUCUUGACCAAGUCUGUGUAUCCGGUCCCGGGACCGUCCGGGUUGGACCCGAGACAGAGGAACGCGCAGUACCUGAGCCUGGAUCUACUUCUGGCCUUUGUGAAUGACAUGGCUGUCAGAGCUAAUGGGGCUGUAGAUCCCUGGCCUUCAUCAUAUCCGACGUCCGAGUCUCUGAUCCAAGCCAAGUCGCAAAAGAGCCUCGUCAUCACGGCAGCAUCGCGCUUCAACACCAAGCCCAAGACUGGCGUCGCUUUUCUCGAGGAGAACCAUCUGAUCUACUCGGAUCUCCCUGCGGAUGCCCCUGCCAGCGCAAAAACCCACAACCUGGCCGAAGAGACUUUGCCCCUUCUCAAGGCUUUCAUGGGCCUGUUUGAUUUCCGAGGGAAACCGAUAGCCGAUGCCAUGCGAGAGCUUUUAGAAACUUUCCGGCUACCUGGAGAGGCACAACAGAUCGCGAGAAUAACAGAGACAUUUGCGUCGAUCUACUUUGCUUCCGAGCCAGGCGAGUAUGAGAUCCAGAACGAAGACGCAGUAUACGUGCUUGCCUACUCUGUGAUCAUGCUCAACACCGAUCUGCAUAAUCCUCAAGUCCGGAAACGAAUGACCAUCGAGGACUACAGGAGAAAUCUCCGUGGGGUCAACAAUAACUCGGAUUUCUCCGAGGACUCUUGGUGCGUGUUCCCCGAAGCUGACCACCAUUCUGUAAUCGGAUGCCAGCAAAAUAUCUACGAUUCCAUCCGCAAACGGGAAAUCAUCAUGCCCGAGGAGCACAGCGGCCAACUAGGCUUCGAUUAUGCUUGGAAGGAUCUGCUCGAAGAUCCCGCACCGCUCAUCUCUGCCAUUGCCUAUGCAUUCAUCAGCUUCGACGACGACUACGUCAUACAACGGGCUAUCACUGGAUUCCGACAAUGCGCGACGCUCGCUGGCCAGUUUCCACUGCCUGAUGUUGGGACCAACUUCAAGGGUCAGCUCGCUGCUGUCGUCCUGUUCAACAUUGUGAACGGAAAUGGAAAGCGCUGCGGGAAGGCUGGACGCAGGUAUUUCAUCGCAUCUUUUCGGCAGCACGUCUCAAUACGCUUACCGGCGCAGAUCUUCGAGAUGUUCCAGAACCUGUUCUUGCACUCGCUGCUUCCUAUCAGGAUGCUCCAGAUGGAAGACUUCCUCGGCGGGGUGUCGAUGAUCCCUUUACGUGGCGCUCAGCCUCAGCGGGCUGCUCCUCGCAGCGAAGGCGGGCUUCUGUCCGCACUGUCGUCAUAUCUCAUGACGCCGUAUGGGGGCAGCUCAGACACUCUCGUGCCCGAUGCGACUGAUGCGGACAUCGAGAACACGCUGGUGGCGAUCGACUGCAUCACCUCGUGUCGGUUGGACGAGCUGUACAGCCAGGUUAUGCAGCUGGACGCUGAAGCGCUGGUGGCUGCAGUCCGUGCAUUGGAAGCCCUGGCCCACGAGCGGACUGUUGCCAAAUGAAACAGGUCACAGACGAGGAUGGGAACCCUCCCGCCGACGACGGGUCGUACACUCUCCCUACGACCGGCGUCCGUGUUCCUUCUGGAGAUGAUGGUCAGCAUCACGUGUCAAACGGUCGAGCACAUCGACGAGCUGUGGCCGAUCGUUUUCGAACAUCUGUCUGCGCUGCUGGCCAACACUCUCCAAUACAGUGUCCUGCUCGUUGAGCGUGCUGUUGUAGCUUGUGUGCGACUGUGUCUGCUUUUGGCAACCAAGCCUGCUCUUCGAGAUCAGAUUACGUAUCCUUUGAUCUCCUAUCCUGCCUACCGCCUUCGGUGGCCAGCUCUGUCUCCGACAAGUCGUUGCUGGCGUGCUGCUGAUCGUGCAGAACCACAAAGCGAUCAUCAGCUCACAAACCGAGUGGCAUCUCGUCUUUGCGCUCCUCAGGACGACUAUCUCGCACCGGAAGC